UUAAGUGUGUGGACAUUAUACACUCAAAAAAACCCAAUGAGUAAUUCCUCAAAUAUUGACCUCGAAAAUUUUUCUAGUUCCCCCUAAGUUUCGGCCUCCUUGAAAUUUCCACCUCUCGUAUCCCCAAAAGACAAGGAUCUUCUUUCUCUUUUUUACUUGCAUAUCUUUCAUUUUGUGUCUCUUGCCCCUACCUAUUCCCUUUUCCCUUCUUCCUUUUUGCAAUUCUCAAUCUCCCAUCUGUCGUUAGUGGCAAAAUGGCAAAUUCCUCUUCUGGAAUGGCUGUGAAUGAUGAUUGUAAGCUGAAGUUCAUGGAACUAAAAGCAAAGAGGAGCUACAGGUUCAUUGUGUUCAAAAUAGAAGAAAAGAUUCAACAAGUGAUGGUUGAGAAGCUGGGAGAACCAAAUGAAAGCUACGAGCAUUUCACUGACAGUUUGCCUGCUAAUGAGUGUCGCUAUGCUGUCUAUGAUUUUGAUUUCACUACUGAAGAGAAUGUUCAAAAGAGCAAGAUUUUCUUCAUUGCAUGGGCACCUGAUACAUCAAGAAUAAGGAGUAAAAUGCUGUAUGCUAGUUCAAAAGACAGAUUCAGGAGAGAACUGGAUGGUGUUCAAGUUGAGUUACAAGCCACUGAUCCGAGUGAGAUGAGCAUGGACAUCAUCAAAUCACGAGUUUUCUAAGCAAUUCAACAAACACAUCUCCUUCAUUCUUCAUGUUUUAUUUCAUCUUCUUUAAGUUGCCAUUCA